GUUUCUUUGCAGAUGCUCCGCUGUCUCUGCAGAGCCCUCGCUGCUUCGCUCUCGGGCCCAUGUGAGACGGCGGGAAGAUCAUGACCGAGGUCCUCCUCUCGGCUGCCCUCAAUGGAACUGAGCCCAGCCUGCUCUCCGGCAGCGCCUGGGCAGGAAAUGCCACCACCAAGUGCUCCCUCACCAAAACCGGCUUCCAGUUCUACUACCUGCCCACCGUCUACAUCCUCGUCUUCAUCACGGGGUUCCUGGGCAACAGCGUGGCCAUCUGGAUGUUCCUCUUCCACAUGCGGCCUUGGAGUGGCAUCUCCGUCUACAUGUUCAACCUGGCGCUGGCCGACUUCCUGUACGUCUUGACUCUGCCCGCUCUCAUCUUCUACUACUUCAACAAAACAGACUGGAUCUUUGGAGACGUCAUGUGCAAGCUGCAGAGGUUCAUCUUCCACGUGAACCUCUAUGGCAGCAUCCUGUUCCUGGCGUGCAUCAGCGUGCACAGGUACACAGGGGUGGUGCACCCCCUCAAGUCGCUGGGCCGGCUGAAGAAGAAGAACGCCGUUUACAUCAGCGCCCUGGUGUGGGUCAUCGUCGCGGCCGUCAUCUCCCCCAUUCUCUUCUACUCGGGGACAGGGAUACGGAAGAAUAAAACCAUCACGUGCUACGAUACCACUGCCGACGACUACCUGCGGAGCUACUUCGUCUACAGCAUGUGCACCACGGUGUUCAUGUUCUGCAUCCCCUUCAUCCUCAUCCUCGGCUGCUAUGGGCUCAUCGUGAAAGCUUUGAUUUACAAAGACCUGGACAACUCUCCUCUGAGGAGGAAGUCCAUUUACCUGGUCAUCAUCGUGCUGACGGUCUUUGCGGUGUCUUACCUUCCCUUCCACGUGAUGAAGACUUUGAACCUGAGGGCCAGGCUGGAUUUUCAGACUCCACAGAUGUGUGCCUUCAACGACAAGGUCUACGCCACCUACCAGGUGACGCGGGGGCUGGCCAGCCUCAACAGCUGCGUGGACCCUAUCCUCUACUUCCUGGCGGGUGACACCUUCCGCAGGCGGCUCUCCAGGGCCACCAGGAAGUCCUCCAGAAGGAGCGAGCAUCACGUGCAGUCCAAAAGCGAGGAGAUGACGCUCAACAUUUUGUCGGAGUACAAGCAGAACGGAGACACGAGCUUGUGAGGGCA